AGAGAGAGAGAGAGAGAGAUUUUGUAUGAUGGGGACAAGAGCAGAACAUAAUAAGGAAGAUUUUGUUGGUUGUGGGUUUGGAUUUGGAGUUGUAGAACCUUCCCACAGAGAAGUUAUGAUACCAUCUCCAUCAUAUAUAUCGCCUUCCUCUUACUCUGGUUCCGCUGGUGUUACCGACCCUGUCUUCUCUGCUUCCCUCGCAGCUGCAGACCCUUUUUACACCUUGAGCUCCUCAGGGGAGAUGGGAAGAAGUAUGAGUGAGAAGGAAGGUGCAGCAGCUUUCAGUGAAUCUCAAUGGCAGGAGCUUGAGAGGCAGAGGAAUAUAUAUGAGUACAUUAUGGCUUCUCUUCCUGUUCCUCCUGAGCUUCUCACUCCCUUUCCCAAGCACCCUUCCCACACUUACCAUCAAGAUGUGGCAAUGGCCAAAGUAGGUUCUUUGAAGCUGGGGAUUACUUCAAAUGCAAGCAACAACGCGGCUGAUAUGGAGCCGUGGAGGUGCAAGAGAACAGAUGGGAAGAAAUGGAGAUGCUCUAGAAGCGCGGUCCCUGAUCAGAAAUACUGUGAGAGACACACGCACAAGAGCCGUCCUCGUUCAAGAAAGCAUGUGGAAUCAUCUCAACACCAUGACACUCGCACCACUAAGAACGCUAGUAGCCACUAUGCUGGGACUUAUCCUCAGCUUUACGGACAACCCGUUAAUCCAUUUUCAAAUGAUCAUAGAGAGUUCAGGUGUUUUACGAAAGAAGACGAUGCCUAUGCAAAUUUAAAUCCAGAGGUUGGACCAAGCAGAGAGCUUAAACGUGGAUUUGAUUAUGAUCUAAACUUCAGGCAGAAUGAGCCAUUAGUAGACCAGAGCUUUGGAGCGUUGGAGGGUCUGUUGAGUCCAAACCGCCAAGAGACGAGGCGGUUUUUCGUAGAAGGGGAUCAAGAUGAAGCAAUGGGAAGCUCUCUGACACUAUCAAUGGCAGGUGGAGGCAUGGAGGAAGCGGAGAGGAGAAGAAACCAGCAGCACCAGUGGGUUAGUCAUGAAGGACCAUCAUGGCUUUGUUACACAGCACCAGGUGGACCAUUGGCUGAAGCACUGUUUCUUGGUGCCUCCAACGACCCAAGUGCUAGCACUACUACUAGUAGCUGCAGCAGAAGCUCAGGCUAAAUAAAAAUGACUUGAGUUGUGUGAUUUUACAAGUCAAAAACCGGUUUAGUAAUUAGAAAUCAAAACUAUCUUUUAGAUUGUGAACCGUUCUCAGUGAUUUGUCUGAAAAGACUGUGCAGACCUUUGUGCUUUUGUUUGUUUUGCUUUUGUGGUUGGAUUUUGCAGAAGCUUAAACCGCUACUCUAUGAUGGAAAAGUGUUUGAAACACCGGUUUACUUAAACCA